AUGAGUUUAUCUGAUCUGUUGGUAGAUUAUGGUGAGAGUAGUCAUUCUUAAUUCGGUAAGUCUCUAAAUAAUCUAUUAGAAGAUCAAACAAAAAAGUAAUUUACUGGACCUGCGAAAUUUGCUACAAAAAUAGAUCCACUCUAAGAAGGAGAUUAUACUAUAAAACCACCAUCAAUGACUAGUUUUCAUAAAGUAACCGAUAACAUUAAUCCUUCAUUAUCACCAAAUUCAGGAAUGAUUUAGUUUUCUCCAAAGACUUCUAUAAUAGAGGAGAAAAAUUUAAUGAAUCCUUAAAACAAGGAACAAAUCAAAGAGAUUGGUUAGACAACUGCAAUGACAUAGAAAGAAGGCAUGAAUAAUUUCAUUAAACUUGUAUUGGCUAAAAGCUACUUCAACCGUUUUGUUGAGAAUAUGCUUUAAAAAUCUUAUGUUAAGAAAUUGUCACAUUUCAACAUUUAUUAAAAUACAAUGUUGGAUGAUCUAAGAUAUAUUGAUUCAAAACACAAGAUCCAUAAGAAUCUGAUUAGUAAGAUUUGUAAGAAGCUUAGAUUUGUACCAAUCUUUGAUUAAAGCAGCUAUUUAGUUAUAGGAUGGCAAUUGUUACACAUAUUGACAAUAAUCAUAAUAUUUUUUUGGACUCCAUUCAAUAUCUCUUUUGGAAUAACAUUUGAUUAAGUAGUAUUUGGUACAUUGACAGUUAGAGAAGUAGAAUUCUAUUUUCUAUUUUCUAUUGUCGUAGAUGCAUUCAUUGUUAUAAAUACUUCUUAUAUUGAAAAAGGAAUCAUCAUCAAACAGAGAGGCAAAAUCUUUAUUAAUUAUGUUAAUACAUAAGGAAUUUAUGAUUUAGUAAAUGAUAUCUUAUAAUCAAGUGUUCAUUUGCAUCAAUGUUAGUUGCCCAAUAAUUUAAUGUAGAUAGUUCAAAUGAAAAAAUAGGAUGGUAAUUGAUUCCUUACACAAUUUAUUAUUGUAGUAGAUAAUUUAAAUUACAAGCCCGAGUACACAAACUAGAGGAGUAUUAAUUAAUAUAAUUAUAUAGAUUUUUUAACUUUUCAGGAUGGGUAUAAGAUCUCAUAGAAUUAAUUAAACUCUUAUUUAUGGUAGUUUAUGUUGGUCAUCUCUUUGCUUGUUUAUGGCAUGGAGUGGCUUUCUAUUAGAUAGGAUUCAGAAAGACUUGGUUAGAAACCUAUGAUGUUGCUACUUAAGAUAUUUUUACAAAAUAUAAUUAUGCAUUUUAUUGGUCUGUUUAAACAAUGAUUACAGUUGGAUAUGGAGAUUUAACACCUUAGAAUAAUUAUGAGAGAUUAUGUGCCAAUAUGAGUAUGUUUUUAGCAUGUGGUGUAUUUGCCUUUUCAUUUAAUAGUAUUGGUUUAAUGUUAAGUAAUCUAAAUUCUAGAUAAGUACUUUAUAAACGUAGUACCAAUCUAUUGAAUUCUUUUUUAACUAAAAAUUAAAUUAAAAUUGAAUUGCAAUCCAGAAUCAGAAAUUAUUAUGAUUACAUUUUUCAAGAAGAAUAGGAAAUAAAUGAUGAAGAAGUUUCAUAAAUUACAACUAAGUUAUCCAGUUCUCUUUAAGAAGAAUUAAAUUUUGAAAUUAGAUUUAAUGUAAUGAAAACAAACAAAGUUUUAACUAAAUUCUCUUAGAAAACAUUAAGACAACUUUCUUUACUUAUUGAGGAAGUAAGAUAUUCCCCUGAGGAUUAAAUUUUACUUUAAGGAACUUAAGAUGAUUGUUCUCUAUAUAUAAUUACUAAAGGAACAGUAUCUGUGUUAUUUCAAGAUGAACCUUAAGGUAGAAACACUAGAGUGCUUUCUUAUUUAGAGAAAGGAGAAUCCUUUGGUGAAUAUUCAUUUUUUACAGGACUCAAUAGAUGUGCAUCAGCAAAAAGUAUAGGUUUUUCAAGAGCUUACAAAAUCCCUAGAUAAUCUUUAUUAACUGUUUUAUAAACAAAUUAAAUUGAUUUAGUAUUAAUAAAAUAUAUUUUAGGAACGUUUUUGUGAAGUGAGAGAUUCAAUAUUAUUAGGAGAAAAUUAUUAGCCUGCAAAAUUAAGUUGUUAUUCGUGCAAAAAGUUUAAUCAUUUAAUUAAAGAUUGUCCAGUUCUUCAUUAUGUACCUGACAAAGAAAGAGUAAUUAAAAAGGAGUACUUUCCUUUUUGUUAAGAAAGAAAUUUAACAUACAAGAGAAAAAGGACUGAUCGCAAUUAUUAUGCUACUUUGUUAGAGAUGAAAAAGACAAUUGCAUAUAUAAGAGACUUUUAGACAAGAGAAAAUUAAGCAGAUAAUAUUACAAUUAUGGAUGAAGAUUUAGAUGUUUCUUAUGAAGAAAAUGAUGGUUCACCUAAUGAAUAAGAUUAUUGUAAAUUUAUGAUUAUUAUAUUAAUUAGCUUCUCUUUCCAAAAGUUACUCCAAAAUAUCAAGACAAUAAUCUUAAAAUAGAUCUUAUUCUUAAUAUGAUAAUAAUAACAAUAAUAAUACUAAAAAUCUAUAACCUAUAUAAGAAAGUGAUGAUUCAGCAGAUAGUCCUAGUCCAAAUAAAAGAAGAAAUAUGUAGAUUAAAUAAACACUCUAAACUGCUGGAUUUGGAGCAUAAGAUUCCUUUUAAAAUAAAAUAAGAAAUGAUGAUUAGGAUUAAAAUCUUACUAGUUUUGGAAAUGCCACUCCUUCAAUAAAGGAUGAAAAUAGAUAUACUAUAAAAAAUGAUUCACUUGUUUUACCAAAUUAAAUAGAUAUUUAAGGAAGAAUGAAUAAAAAAAGAAUUACUUUAGUUAGAAAAUAAAAGAGAGAAGAAUCUUAUAAACCAUUUUCAUCCUAAACUAAAUUAGAUAUUAAUUAAGAGAGAGAAAAAUCAUUACCAAAAAAAUCAAAAAUUAAAGAUCCUUUAAUUGAUAUACCAGUUAUUCCUUCUAUUUAAUCAGUAGAUCAUAAAAGAGAUUCAAUUGAUAGAAAGGAUGAUAGAAGAGAUUAAAAAAGGAGAACUACUAAAACAAAAACAAAUAGAAGUAGAACUGCUAAAACACAUAAAACAACUAAAUUAGUUCAAGAAACUCCAACUUAAGAAAUUUCAAUUCCAGUUUUUGAAAGAUAGGCUAUGUCUAUGGAAUUAGAAGAUUUUGAAGUAUUAAAGAACUUUUCUCAUUAUUUCAGUUGGAAUAAUGCCAAAGUUGUUGUUGCAAGAACAAUGAAGAUUUUAUUAAAGAAUCUUGAAAAAAGAAGAUAUAAUGUUCUUUAAUUUUCAUUUUAUACAUUCAAUUCAUUAGCAAUUACUAAAAUAUCAAGAAUAAAAAGAAAACUUAAAUUAAUGUAAUUAAUAUAUAUUUACAUUAUUUUAGAGAAGAUCCACCUUUAGAAAAAAAGUCUGUUCAUCCACUAAACAAGACAAUCAAAGGAAGAAGAACAAGUAAAAGAAGUACAUAAGCUGAUGAUAUAACUGGAUUGUUUUAGAAGAAACCUCAAUUUGGAACUCAAAUAUAAGUAUUAUAAGGAAUUUCACUUUCGAGAUUUAGUCGAAAUGAUUUAGACAUUAGAUGA